CUUCGCUUUCGACGUCCUUCUUCCAUCAUCAACGCCUCUUCGGAGCUUCCAUCACCAACCAACAAAACUAAAAACAUCCCAAUACUCCGUCCCGUUCUGCACCGCCGCUUGACCUCUUCCACCUCGACCGAAUUUUGAUCCUCAAUUCUAUCUCGGCCGCGCAACGUCUCCUCCCACCCCCACACAGCUAAGCUCAGCUCCCGUCUCCGUGGUCGCCCUCCUCACCCCCGACAAUGCCUGGCCUGGUCUCAGCUACCGGAGUCCUGGGCUUCCUGGCCGAUGAGGAACACGACCUCAAGGUCUUCGCCCUCCAGACUCUUAACGAUGACAUCGACACAGUCUGGACCGAGGUCGCCGGCGCUCUGAGCCAGAUCGAGGCUCUCUACGAAGACGAAUCCUUUCCCCAACGACAGCUGGCAGCCCUCGUGCUCGCCAAGGUCUACUAUCAUCUCCAGGCUUACAAUGAGAGCAUGACCUUUGCCCUCGCCGCAGGCGACCUUUUUAAGCUCGAUGCUCCCGGUGAAUUUGAGGAUACCAUCAUUUCCAAGUGUAUCGACCAGUACAUCGCCACUUCCUCGGCCAAGCACACCGCCCCCACCUUGUCCCAGAACGACAACUCCCUGCCCGCUUUGGCAACCACUUUUGCGACCGGCCCCGCCGACGGGUCUGCCCUGAUUUCCCCGACCACCCCCUUCUCUCAGACGACUCUCCCGUCCAAGUCUCUCCUGUCCCGCGUCUCGACCGACAACGCCAUCCUCGAUCCCACAUUUCAGCCGGUGAAGGAGGGUCGCUCUGGCUCUAUCGCCCCCAUCAACGACCAGGCAACCCAGGCUGCGCUUCAGCGCAUCGUCGAGCGUCUUUUCGAGGCUUGCCUCAAGGACGGCAGAUAUCGUCAGGUCGUCGGUAUUGCCGUCGAGGCCAAGAACCUCGAGGUCCUUCGCCGUGUCAUCAAACGCGCAAGCGAUGAUGAGAAGCGUUCCAAGACAAAGUCAACAGAUGGUCAGGGUCCCGCCGAGGAGCUCAUGGAGUAUGCCUUGAGCAUCUGUAUGGACAUCGUUCAGGAACGCGCUUUCCGUACCGAGAUUCUGCGCUUGAUUCUGGAUCUCCUGAACGACAUCCCGAACCCCGACUACUUCGCCAUCGCCAAGUGUGUCGUCUAUCUUAGCUCAGACGAGGAGGCGUCCCGUAUGCUCAAGCAGUUGAUCACAACCGGCGACCGCAACUCGAUCGCCAAUGCCUACCAGAUCGCCUUCGACCUGUACGACAACGGAACCCAGGAGUUCUUGGGCAAGAUUAUCAACUCCCUGCCGUCCGGUGAGCCCGCCAAGGCACCAGCAAGCGAUGCUACCGAGGAGGAGCCUCUUCUCGAGAAUCAGGAGCCUUCUGGAGAGGAGCUCUCGGACGAGCUCUCUAAGGUCUAUAAGAACAUCCGCUCCAUCCUCGAUGGCAGCAAGACCAUUCAGCUGAACCUCGAAUUCCUCUACCGGAACAACCGCACCGACUUGAGCAUCCUAAACAAGGUCCGCGAUAGCUUGGAAGGUCGCAACUCCAUCUUCCAUACCGCCGUCACCUUCUGCAACGCCUUCAUGAACCAGGGUACUACCAACGACAAGUUCUUCCGCGACAAUCUCGAAUGGCUCGGCAAGGCCGUCAACUGGUCCAAGUUUACCGCGACGGCCGCGCUCGGCGUCAUCCACCGUGGCAACCUGACACAGUCCCGAAAGCUGCUUGAGCCCUACCUGCCGCGCCAAAGCGGCUUGAGCAGCGGCUCCAUCUUCAGCCAGGGCGGUGCUCUCUACGCUUAUGGUCUGAUCCAUGCCAACCAUGGCGCUGAUGCGCUCGAUUACCUCAAGAUCCAGUUCACAUCCGCCGAGGAGGAGGUCAUUCAGCACGGUGGUGCUUUGGGCCUGGGUAUCGCCGGUAUGGGCACCGGCUCCGAAGAAAUCUUCGACAACCUCCGAACGGUUCUUUUUACCGACUCCGCCCUUAACGGAGAGGCCGUUGGCCUCGCCAUGGGUCUCAUCAUGCUUGGCACCGGCAACGUGCGGGCGCUGGAGGACAUGAUCACCUACGCUCAUGAGACGACUCACGAAAAGAUUGUCCGUGGUCUGGCCAUCGGUAUGGCAUUGAUCAUGUUUGGCCGCCAAGAGGGCGCCGACGCAAUGAUCGAAGGUCUUCUCAACGACCCUGAUCCGACUCUGAGAUACGGCGGUAUCAUGACUGUGGCUCUCGCUUACUGCGGUACCGGCAGCAACAAGGCUAUUCGCAAGCUGCUGCACAUUGCCGUCAGCGAUGUCAAUGACGACGUCCGCCGUGUCGCAGUCAUGAGCUUGGGCUUCAUCCUCUUCCGAAAGCCCGGCAGUGUUCCCCGCAUGGUCGAGCUGCUUUCCGAAUCGUACAACCCCCACGUGCGUUACGGGUCCGCCAUGGCCCUGGGCAUUUCUUGUGCCGGUACUGGCCUCGACGAGGCCAUCGACCUGCUCGAGCCCAUGAUGAAAGAUCCCACCGAUUUUGUCCGCCAGGGUGCUCUCAUCUCCCUGGCUAUGAUCAUGAUCCAGCAGAACGAGGUCAUGAACCCCAAGGUUGCCGCAAUCCGCAAGACCUUGAAGAAGGUUGUCGGUGAUCGUCACGAGGAUGCCAUGACCAAGUUUGGUGCUUCGCUCGCCCUGGGCAUCAUUGACGCCGGCGGCCGCAACUGCACCAUUGGCCUCCAGACGCAGACGGGUAACCUCAAUAUGGCUGGCAUUGUUGGCAUGGCUGUCUUUACCCAGUACUGGUACUGGUUCCCCUUCACCCACUUCCUUUCGCUCGCCUUCUCCCCCACCUCCAUAAUUGGUCUUGACCACGAUCUCGAGAUCCCCAGCUUCAAGUUCCAUUGCGCCACCCGCCCCAGCCUGUUCGACUACCCUCCCGAGCAAGAGGUCAAGGCCGAGGAGGGCCCUACCAUGGUCGCCACGGCUGUGCUGUCGACGACUGCCCAGGCGAAGCGAAGAGCCCAGAAGAAGGAGCGUGCUCAGCGUCGUGAGAGCAUGGACAUUGACUCCUCUGCCAAGCCUACCGUCUCCGACAAGAUGGAGGUGGAUGAGAAGAAGGAGGAGAGCAAAGACAAGAAGGAGGGCGAGGGUGGCGAGAAGGAGGCGUCUGUUGCCCCGGCUGACACCAAGAAGAAGGCCGAGAAGGAGAAGGUUGGCUACGAGAUGGAGAACCUGUCGCGCGUGGUCCCUGGGCAGCUCAAGUUCAUCAGCUUCCCCACUGGCCGUUACAAGCCGGUCAAGAAGCCCACCGGAGGACCUCUUCUCCUGCAGGACACGCAACCAGACGAAGAGAAAACUCUCAUCGAGGAAAAGCUAAAGAAGGUGACAACGGAGAAGGCCCCUGUCGCCGGCCAGAGCAACGCCGGUGGCUCAUCGGCAGGCUUGACACCGCGCCAGCAGCAGAACCUCAUUUCCCAGGCUCUCAGAGCCGGAAAUGGCGGUGAUCUCCGCUCAUUGAACGAGCUCAGCGAGUUGCUCGGCCGUCAAAGGAGAGGCGACCUCGCUGGCGCGACCGACGAAGGAGGCGCGGCUGCCGCGGCCGGCGUUCUGACUGCUGUAGACGAGGAUGGUGAAGGAGAUGAGGAAGCUGAUGUGCCGAGAGAAUUUGAGUACUUUACGGACAACGAGGAAGAUGAGGACGAGGAGUGAGGAUUUUCGCGAGCAAGAAACCAAACCAAAGAUUUUGGGGUCGGUGUGGGUGCCGUCUUUAGAGCAUAGAAAGGAGGCGGCGUCAAGGUCAAGACGAGGGUGGAUCGCCACUCUACAGGAGACAGUCGGUGGCAAGAUGACCGACUUGCUGGGCUGUACAGUAGUGUAACAAAC